AAAUUAGUUUAAGAGAAGUGCUCGCCAGAGAAGCACUGGAGCCGGCGUGUCUUGCGAACGGGGUCUCGUCUUUUUUCCUUUAGCUGGUUAUUUCCCGCUGUGGCGUGGCGUUCCAGGCAGCAAACAGUGCGCAGAAGCGCAACAGCAAACGGCGCAACCGUCCACCGAAAUAGGAGAAAGGAGGCCGUGGUGGUUUCGUGUCGAUUUUCGAGAGAAAAAAAAACACUUUGCUGCUGUCCCCGCGCUCGGAAAAGUGCGCCUGUGGGAGUUUAACGAGAACAGGGAGGGGAGAAAAACACCCCGAAAAGGAAAACUGUGGAAACACCGGCCGAGACACGGCAGCCCGUAUUUCGUCGCCUGUCGAUUCAAGCAUAGUCCUGCGCGUUAAGAUUGUCCCUACGAUUCGACAAGUGACAGCCUGACUCGAUCCCAGCCCGAUCAGCCAUUAGUGCUCCAGUUUGCAACGCGAUCGUAAGAAAGAAAACGGCAGGAGAGCACAAAACAAGGCAAAGCGCGGAAAAAGAUCUACAAGUGUGUCUGUGCGUAGGAAACGAAUUUCAAACGAUUCCUUCUAUUGCGUUCGCUGCUGGAUGCAAGGAAUUUUCAUUUAGUGGCUAUCGCGUGUGUGUGUGUACUUGUGUGUGUGCUUUUGUGUGCAGAUUGUGCCUGACGCGGGAGUUUGUGUGUGUGUGCAGACUGUGCACCUGAAGCGAAAUUGUGUCGAAUAUUUGCAGAAAAAUAUCUCUGCCGUCCGUUCGAAAGUGAUCGAACAGAAAGCGGCCACGUGUCUGUGUGUUUGUGUCUGUGUGUGUAUGUGUAUGUGCUGAAACUCCGGUGAAACAAGCGCAGCGCCCCAACCCGUUUCUGCUAACGAUAACGGAAAAUAAAAGGGCUUUUUUUUUCUGAACGACAGAAAAAGAGCUUUGCUUCGUGCGUGCUGGUGUGCUUCUUUCUAUGGCUCGACCGAUAGGAGCGUAGAGUGUUGUAGCGUCUGCGUGCUUUAGCAAGUACCCGUGUUGUUUCACAACUUUAUACCGCCUUAAAAACCGAACACACUCACAACACAACAUCCACGAUGGAGUUCAAAUUUGGAAUGCUCUGGAUCGUCAGCUGUAUUUUGCUGCUUAAUCAAGGAAAUGUAUUCGCACAGACAAAACGCUCGUUCCGUACGAGCGCAGCCCAGGGCCGGGCCCUCGGUUCCAACCCGCGACAGUCGACCUCGUCCAGCGUGGACUUCGAGUGUCCGGAAGAGUUCGGCUACUAUCCGCACCCGAGCGACUGCUCGCAGUACUACGUGUGCGUGUUCGGCGGUGCGCUGCUGGAAAGCUGUACCGGCGGGCUGAUGUACAGCCACGAGCUGCAGACCUGCGACUGGCCACGCAACGUUGGCUGUGAUCUGCCCGCGCUGAGUGCCCCUUCGGCACCGGCCAGCCGCACAGUGACGCCCCGCGUCCCACAGGUGCUGAGCAGAGUGCGCUUCUCGUCCUCGGCUCCGUCAGCGCCGUCCGGUCCGUCGGGACCAUCGGGCCCAUCGGGCCCGUCGGGACCGUCGGGACCUUCGGGACCCUCAGGACCGGCUGAACCGUCCGCACCGGCACGCAUUCAGCAGAUUCGCAAUCUGCCCCCACCGCCACCACCGCCGGCCAAUCCGAACCCCGUGAUUACCACCCGUGGACAGCCGAAGAACUCACCGCAGGAAGAUAUCGCGAAGCUCUACGCCGAAGCACACGAAACACUGCCGCCAGUAGAGGAAGACGAAUCGGAUCGUCAACAGCGUGUCUACCGUGGACAGCCCAGCACGGUGUCGCAGGUGCAGCGCGAUCGUGACGGCAUCCUGCAGCAGCAGAGUGUUAACGCUAUACCGACUCAGGCUAAAGUAGGUUCCUUCGCGUACAGUGCUCAACCUCAGCCGUUCAGUGUUGACCAUGAUGACGCGUCACUGCAAACGCUAGACGACACGCACGACGCCAAAGCUCAUGAUCGCAAGAAGCGCGACACGGCCGCGGCCCAAACCAAGACUGAUAGCGAAACAGACACCGCCCCUACCUCACUGGUGACACAGAUAGACCCAACGGCCACGGUGUCCCUUGCCGAAGAUGACACAUCUGCGACCAAAACCAAACGCUCCAACGCGGACGAAGCAUCUCUUGCGCCCGAAAACUCUCCCGAAAGUUUAGCCGGCAGUUCGGAAGGCCAGCGGACCUCACGCCAACUUCGUCAGCUAGGCAACUGGCAGUACCGCUCCCUAGACACGUCCCUGUCCCGCCAAAACGGCUACUCGCCCAGCAGUUUUGAUCCGUUCGGGUACACCGUACUACCAACGGCGACGACCUACUUCAAGCCAGGCGCACGCUACUUCCAACCACAAACCUACAGCAAAAAGGAGCUGACCUACAACGACUAUCUGGAGGCGUACGGCAAGAGCAAACAGCCGACCUACAACGUUCGGCCAGCUGAGCUGCAGCCGCACAAAACGUCUGGCUUACAGAACUAUAAAACGGUUGCCAAGAUUACGCCACAGGAUACGAUCAUUCCGCUGCUGCUCGCAAACCAGCAGCAACAAUCUCAUCGAUCGCACCAACCGAACUACGGACAGGCUCAGUUCACAGCGGCCGCCUUUGUCAAUAGUCACAAUGCCAAGAAGUACACGACGCCGGCUUCUCCACUCGAUGGAGACGAAGAAACGAUCCCGGACAACUUUGCGUUCUUCCACUUCGGAAAUACUUACUCCUCUACGCCGAUCUCCGUGAACAACCAUGCCAAAGCGGCGAAACAGUCCAAACCCUCCAACGUACAGAUCUCAAACGUAGCGCAACCGACACAGAAAACUCCUUACAUUGCAUUCAGCUCGGUUGGUGGAUUUUUCAACAAUCAACCAACGGCAAACCCGCUCAAAGAGAGCUUUGUCUUGAAACCAAAUCACUCGUCGAAACCGAAACAGACCCACUCGGGGUCUUCCGGAGGCCCUAGCACUCCGGCACCCGUGUACGAGGGUAUCUCUAAUGCGAUCCAAUCGAAUGGACUUCGGUUCGCUGUGACUACGCCCAAGAUUGUAGCCGGGACGGGACUGGAGCUCUAUCAACCGAACGUGUAUCUUAAUGCUCCACGGCCACAGGUUUACAGUGGCUACAGCGCCAAGCCUGCAGGUGCUAUCUACGAGGCGUCAACACCGAAACCAAGUGCACAGUUUGUUACCAAGUCGACGAAUGGCUUUCAACCGAUCGCUGUAUCAACCACACCGAAGUACUAUCAGCCGCAGGUCUCCAAAACGGUAAGCCCAAGCGAGUACAGCAAAUUCUACGAAUCCAUCAAGAACACACACAUUGCUCAGGUGAAACCUAAUGCGGAACCUUCACCACCGGUACGGAUUGGUGCUAGUCAGCUAGCGGUCUAUCGUCCGACCGUUUCGAACAACACCAAGCUACAGCCCGUUUCGCAGGGUUAUGGCCCUCAGCAAGUGUUCUACAGUCCGGUGCGAUCGUCUUCGCUCAGUCCGGUGCCAAAGCCACAAGAUUCCGGCGAGUUCUACUACGAAGAAGAUGAUGAGAUUGAUCAGCGCGGACAGAAGUAUGUGAAAAACACACUGGACGUCGUGCGACGCCCAGUGUACGGUAAACGUCCAUACGGAGAUGAGGAAGAGGACGAAGAUGAGUACUACGAGGACGAUGAGGAUGAUGAUGAUGAGUAUCAGUAUCGCUACCCGGUAAACAAGUCCAAGUACACUCCAAUGACGGAAACUAUGGCACCUCGUCCAAUGCUCAACCUUACCACACCCAAACCUCCCGGUGCAGUCUCAGGCAAUCUAUACUACAACUACGAAACCACUACCUGGCGUCCAGUGACCGUGACGACGUACUCUCAGGGGUCCACCUCGGACAUUCCGCCCAUUAUCAAAUUCCCCGAGGAUGUAUUCCAGGGCAUUAAACCUCUUGGUGAUGUGCCGCGUUACCUGAACAAGUCCACCCUACGCCCUUACACCGUCCGACAAAGGCUACGACCCACCGUUGUGCAGCACAACCAUCUCGAAGAAAACGUCCCCAGUGAGCGGGUUCGCAUUAGCACGACGACUACUACCACGACUACCACCACGACAAGACCACCUCCGACUACCACCACCACACCACGCUACUAUCCAACCACGGUGCGUACACGCAUCCCGACCAAGACGAUCCCAACCCGCCGACCGGUGACCACGACGACCACGUCCGAACCACCACCACCACCGACGACCACCACCCAGACGACGUCGCGCAAACGGUACACGAUCCGACCGAAUCGUGGCCAGCAGCGCUGGCGCACUACCGAGACACCGGAACCAAGUACGGGACUCAACGGCCGACAGGCCAGCCCGACCCGACCGACCAAACAUCGACCGCAACUGGAGCUCGAUGAACGCCUACCGAACAGAGUGGAAACAUCGUCGCCAGCACCACCGAGCCGAUACGUGCCCGAGCAACAGCAAUCACAACAGCAGCAGCAGCAGCAGCAGCAACAGCAGAAGACGCAGCUCACGCAAAGCAACAGAAAUUACUACAACACCAGCAACUAUGAACCAUCUGCGUACGAUUCGUACUAUGCCGUCUACGACGAGGACGUUGAACUGUACCGAGAUGUUGAAUAUCAACCGCAGCCCCAGAAACCUGUCGUUUCGUCCACCUACCGUCCGACAGUGGUCACCACCGUUGCUCCCACUUCUCAGCGAGAUCCGUACGUCACUUCUCCGCGCACUACCUACCAGAGACCUUCCUACCAGGCAGACUAUGACGAUGCUCUAGUGGCUCAGCUUGAAGAAGAUCGUUACAAUCAGAAGCAUACCAAUACACAGAUAAGAAAUGAGUUGAACUCAAUCUCGGACCGUCCGAUACUGGUAUCCUCCACGAUCCGUGCGUAUAACAGCCCCAAAUAUCAGACGGCCUUCGUUACUACGCCCGAACCGUUCUCGCUGCCGUCGUCGACCCCAGCCAGAACUACUACAACCACCACCACUACUACCACCACCACCACCACCACCACACCUGCUCCAAUACAGUACUAUACUACAAGAUCAUCACAAUUGGACGAUCAAAGUAUUAAAACAACACCCAAAUCAAUCAUAUUAACACUCGCAGCACGCGCGGGUUCCUCAUCGACCCCAGAGCCUCCCUCUCCCUUCCUUGUGUCCUUUGCGCCAUCCCCCCAGUCCCCCUAUGAGUCACCCCGGUACCGCAGUAGCACUAGCUCGGUUCCACGAUACAUCAAACCCUCAUCUACUACUACACCGUUACCCACAACCACUACCACCAUACCUACUAGUACAAGCACCACACUACCUCCCACAACCACGACCGUGACAUAUUCACCCUCCGCCGACCCAUACCCACGGUUCCGGCCGUCCACUCAGUACGAUCAGCACGCACCGACCGGAAUCAAAUUCCACCCCAUCCCGGACGAUCACUACUACGAUGACGAUAGUGACGCACCGGAAGACAGUGUCGAUCAGGUCGAGCACGGGUACGCGCAACUGUCCAAGACUAGGUACGACUACGGUUCACCGUCCCGUGUCACGCCCGACUCAUCGAACGAUCAGUCCACGAAGCAGUUUAUCACGCAAAAGCUUCUGCCAGUGUUUUCACACCAAUACGCGUCCCAGUCCGAUCCUCGGUCGGCAUCGUCCGCUAAUGCUCAUGCGCUGACGGCCGACACGUACGGCGAGACUCCCUUUUCGUACGACACUCGGCCGGACUUUUCUGCAUCCGGUGCUGCGGAACAGUUUGUCCCACUGACAAGCAACUUGCCACCAACUACUACCACAACUUCCACUAGGAAGCCAACAACAGCGUCCACCACAACCACAACAACCACCAGGAGGCCUACAACGACCUCUACCACCACUACUACUACUACUACUACCACGAAAAAGCCCACUACAACUCCAACCACUACUACCACUACCACAACAACCACCUCAACGACACGAGCUCCCCCUACCACUCAAGAAUCACAACGUCAAAAGUUGCAAAAGUUUAUCAUCUCCGAUGUGCAACCGUCUAGCUUCCGUAGUCCUUUCAGUACAACGGCAAAAGCCGUUCAGCCACUGCCCGACUAUGAUACCUACCUUUACCAUGAGUCCAUUCCGAGCAGUGUACGAUCACGCAAUCAGCACACGUUCCUGAAAGCCAUUGCGACAACACUUUCAGCGACGCAGUCCUCCACGAUCGCUACGACCACGCCGGAAGCUCCGAUCGUACGAUCGUUCACUACGGUAGGGUCGACUGCAGUAGCGCCUCUCGUCACAUACAGCCCAAGGCUGGAACAGGUCAACCUAAACAAAGCGGUUCGUUUGCCACAACCCGCUCAGACACGGGAAGAACAACGACCCGUUCUGUCGACGUUUAGUUCCGACAGCAGGUCGGAGCAAAAGUUUAGCAGCAAUAGGUUCUACAACCUUACGCUGAGUGCCGGCUUUGUCGGUUUGCCAGGAUCUUCCUCGGGUGCCGCUUACCGGGGACGUGUUGAGAUGCCGAGAAAUCAAGAACCGGUGCCUAGGUAUACUUCUUUUACGCUUUCCGACGCUGUUACGAGUAGUGUGCGCCGGUUGCCCACUACCGUGUCGGAAGCUGUACCCGAAACCACUACACCCUUAACCACAGUUACAGUACCAAGUACUACGACUAGCACUACCACCACCACCACUACUACAGUAAGCCCCAUUUCAUUGGCCACCAGCAGUGGCCCUAGUAAUGUACGUUUCGUUUUAAGCUCUAGCCUAGCUACUACCGCCCGGCCUCGAGGAGUCGCCUUCUCGAGGAUCCCGGAUGAAAGUGUUGCUCUUUAUAAGAGCCGUGAUGUACCGACAGUGACGGCCCGGAUCGUUUCGACCCGACCACAGACUGUCGUCCCGACCGCUUCGAGCGAUUGGGUACCGCUAAUACAGGAGAAGAUCCUAUCCAGCCCCAAAACAAACACACUGCACGAGCAGGAAGAUCACGAGCGUGAAACAGACGAUCCGCUGCUUAGUGCGCGUGUGCCUGCAAACACGGAAGAGUCUAUUGUCGCUGGUACUACGAUCGCCUCGACACCACCAACUCGGUUCCCACCGAGAACCACUCUUGCGCCGUUCGGUACGCUGGAGGGUAGAAAAAAUGUUGAUAAAGUACAAACCGUUCCAACGCGUGCCGGUGUGGUGAAGGAAGCACCUAACAAAGCACUCGACCCGGUAACGAAUGCACCGACAAGGCCGGUUGUGUCACCAUACAAAAGUUUGGAGGUACAGCGUCAAACGACGUCCUCCGAUAAACCGUUCGCUUCCACGUCGAGAGUCAUCUCGAAUCUGUACCGUACGACCACACCCGAAAUACCGGCUGUCGGUGGUCCUACGGUGAGAAGCUAUCUGCAGCUAACUGCAGUGCCGAAGUUGGCGGCUAUUUUGCGUGAAGCAACGACGACGGUAGCUAGUACAACUACUACUAGCACCACUACCACCACGACGGUUGCUCCUCCGACAACAACUGUUAGCAGUACGAGUGAGGAACCUAGCACGACUCUUCGUACCAGUACGACCAGUACGUCCCCUGCAGUUCCAACGACUUCAUUUGCUAGUAGUAGUAGCUCGGAAGAGGUGAUCACCACCACUGCUAGCACGUUGCCUCGAUCGACAGAGGUGUAUCGUGGUCGGUAUCGUCCCGUGUUUAGCUUUGUACGAUCUUCGGAAUCGUACGAUGAGGUAACUACUCCACGGUAUCGCUAUCUGCGUAACCGUGGCCGUGAUUCUCCGCGACGCUCCUACACAAGGCUACGUCCAACGCCUCAAAGCUAUUCGCUAACUUCCAGCACCUUGGAGGAUGUGGAGAAAAUUUCGCCCGCUAGCAGUACCCUAACGCCUACCAGGGACAAUAGUGGAGCGGUCGAUAGUACAGUGCUAUCGAUUUCGACCGAGUAUAGCGAUCGAGCCGUAAGUUCAAGCUCAGCUUCGGCUGCUUACUUGAACCGUCUGCCAACGACCGAUCGUACCAAGUAUCAGUCCACUGAUCGUGAGCUCUCGAAAACGGCACACGUCAAGAGUCGCUACGAACAGUUCGACUUUAAUCGUACCGAAGUUGAAGAUCGCGUACGUCAACCGGUAAUCUCCACUACGGGACAAUCUGGGAUUCGUAUUGUUCAGAUCACAGACAAACCGGUGUACUAUACCCGCUUCCAUUCGACCUCCACUGAAGAGAGUUCUUUUGCUGUCGCCAACAGCAGUCGACAGCCCGAAUCGACGACGAAAAAGUUCCGCGCCACGGUCGAGAUGCCGGAAAUGAACAUACCGACCGAGAAGGAGCUACUGUCCUACCACCAGGACAGUAGUGGCAACACGUCUGAAGAUGAGGAUCGUGACGAGGAAGAGGACGAUGAGGACGUGAUCGACGACGAUGACGAUGGUGAGCCCGCGGACGAAGACCUGGCCGACUACUCGUACCUGGAAACGUCCAGUGCGCCGUCUUCCACAUCGACCACGACGACGACGACGACCACUAGUAAGCCCGCACCGACAACGACGACCACGUCAACGACGACCACGACGACCACUACGCCACCGGCACCGACCACUAGUAGUACAACGACCCUAAGGAGCACCUUCAAGCCGAUGGCACGUGCCUCGAAACGGUACACGACGCCGCACUACGCAGCGGUCACGACCGAGCGCAAUGUCUACGCGGCUGUGCCAUCGCGCUUCUACCCAAGUACAACGCAAGGAUCAAACCUGACGGCUGGUGCUGCCUAUCUGGAACCGCGGAACCCGGACCUCCCGUACCACGGUGCACGGGCAAGCACCCUUGCUCCUCUCGCUUCCUCCCCCAAUCCUUCUACCACCCCGUCCUCCCCGGAUGCCGUCAGUCUGCGGAUGCACGAUGGCAAGGGUUACUUCCAUCCGAGCAGUAGCCCCAGUAGCAGUAGUAGUUCGCUCCCUCCACCUUCCACCUCAUCCCCAGUCACUCCCACCACUACCAAUGCCACCACCACUAUCACCACAACCACCACCACCACCACAGUCCGCCCGCCAACGACGUACUCCGCAAACAAGCUCCCACCGCGCGCUUCCAGGGUCAAUAAUGCCAUAAAGACCACGAUCGCAGCCGCACAACUGCCACGCCGAUAUAGCAAACCGUCCGCAGCGGGAAAAAGUAUACAAUGUACAGAAAACUCACUGUCCGCCAAAUGCAACGAGAUUCCCUCGAGAGUUAGCAACAAUAACAGUAACAACAACCGCAACCGUGGCAGUUCGCAGUACGCGACCGAUGGACAAUCGACCGUUUCGGCCAACCGAGGAACGCACCCACCACGUGCACGACCAACGCUGAAGCCGUCGCAGAACAUCGUCUCGAAGGCGCAGGAGUUUGUCGACAUCUACCGCUACCCACCAACCCGCCCGGAACCGCUAUACCCGCAGCCGACGCCCGACAAGACGGCCGCCAAGUGCCGCAAGGAUGUGUGCCUGCUGCCCGAUUGCUCCUGCGGCGGCAAGGAUGUGCCCGGCGAGCUGCCCGUUGAGCAGGUGCCGCAGAUCGUGCUGCUGACGUUCGACGAUUCCGUCAACGAUCUGAACAAGCAGCUGUACCAGGACCUGUUCGAGCGGGGACGCGUCAACCCGAACGGCUGCCCGAUCACGGCCACGUUCUACGUGUCGCACGAGUGGACCGAUUACAGCCAGGUGCAGAACCUGUACGCCGACGGACACGAGAUGGCAUCGCACACCGUUUCUCACAGCUUCGGUGAAUCGUUCUCGCCGAAGAAGUGGGCCCGCGAAGUUGCCGGCCAGCGCGAGAUCCUGUCCGCGUACGGUGGCGUCAAGCUGGAGGAUGUGCGCGGUAUGCGCGCACCGUUCCUGUCGAUCGGUGGCAACAAGAUGUUCAAGAUGCUGCACGACUUUAACUUCACGUACGACUCGUCGAUGCCGGUGUACGAGAACCGUCCGCCGAGCUGGCCGUACACGCUCGACUACAAGAUCUUCCACGAUUGUAUGAUUCCGCCGUGUCCCACCAAGAGCUAUCCAGGUGUUUGGGAAGUUCCUAUGGUGAUGUGGCAGGAUCUGAACGGUGGUCGCUGUUCGAUGGGUGACGCCUGCUCCAAUCCGCCCGAGGCCGAGGGCGUGUACAAGAUGAUCAUGAAGAACUUCGAGCGGCACUACACGACCAACCGGGCACCGUUCGGACUGUACUACCACGCAGCCUGGUUCACGCAGCCGCACCACAAGGAAGGAUUCAUACAGUUCCUGGACGCGAUCAACUCGAUGAAGGACGUGUUCAUCAUCACCAACUGGCAGGCACUGCAGUGGGUGCGCGACCCGACGCCACUGUCCCGCAUCAACUCGUUCACGCCCUUCCAGUGCAACUACGCGGGUCGUCCGAAGCGUUGCAACAACCCGAAGGUAUGCAAUCUGUGGCACAAGUCGGGCGUGCGCUACAUGCGCACCUGCCAGCCCUGCCCCGACAUCUACCCGUGGACCGGCAAGACGGGCAUCCGCUCGUCCCGCAUCGACAACGACAUCGAGGUGGCCGACACCAACUAAGUCAAACCAGCAGCGGUGUGAGCUCGGGAGGAGGGAAUGGAUGAGCGGGAAGGGAAGCAGCGCCGCCAUCGGUCAGAGAGAGAGAGAGCGUGUGGCAAACGUGCUGGCGGAAGGAUUUUUUUCUUUUGCAUUCAAAACGCUACAUCACAUGUUAGUUUAAAAGAAAACUAAUCGAACCGGCAAGAAACGGUCUCAGCUCACUUUCCGGCUGUCCGGCAGUCUGUGCUCCUUGCAAAACUCCCGCCGUCAAAGAAACGAAACGGCUCCCCUUCUUGAGCAGGCCCUUCCUGACGGAUUGGCGCGGCUGUGUCUCUCUAAACACAUUCCUAUCCCUCUACUGCGAGCCAAGAGAACGCCAUUCUCGUCGGCUGUUGCACCGUGCACCGUGGUUUGUGUGCGGCAACCAUUCUGAACCCAACUCAUCGUCCUAUAUUCACUGCAAGCCCUUUUUCAUACUUUCGGUAGAAGAAGCUACCGAAGCCGUACACGUCUUGAUGUGUAUGUGUGAGUGUGUGCGUGUGCUGAAUUGAUGCCUGCCUUGGCUUAGACUAAUACUAAUUCUAGUGUAUGAUACUAUUUUAUUCUGCUAUAUAAAUUAUUAGAACUACGGACGACCUUUGCGUUAGGGAGGAGAGACCCUUUCGGAAGACACUUGGGGUGGGAAAGCGAUGACAAAAGAAGGAGAAACGUAAGUGUAUAGCUGUUUGGCAGAAAGCGUUGAAUGUAAAUAUUUUGGUCGUUCUGCAAAUUGGAAUGAAAAAAAAUGGAACAAUGAAGCGGUAUUAGGCAACUAAAUUCAAAUGAAUAAUUUACUAAAUUUUAACACUUCCAACUGUCUUCCGCAAGCUGGACGAGCAAUACUCAUGCAAUAGCAGUAGCUGUUACUUUUGUUCUUUAUUAUUUUUUACCUUUUAUAGUUAGUUUCUCUCAUUUUUUUUCUUUUCCUUCGCUCACUUUUAUUUACAUUACAUUUUGUCGAAUCGCACGUAAACGUUGUUGCACUGUACUGCAGUGAUGCAACUGAGAAUAUUAAAAAGAAAACAAUGGAAAAAGAAACGAAGCAAAACACUGAACGGUAACUGUGGAUAAGUGCACUGCCAUACUGAGAAGAAAGCAUAAAAAAGUGAAAAAAUAAAGGAAAUGAAAAAGAAAAUUGGAAAGAAGAGGAUAGGACAAUGUAAAGCAAGCAAACAAUGGUGAAAGAUGCACGAAUUUCACAAAGAAUAGGGAAACCGCAUAAAACAAGCAAAAAAAAAGGAAAGCAAGAAAGUGAACUCGAAGUUCCUUAAAAUGGAUAACACAAGCUAAGAUAGAACAUAUAUUAAAGAGAAAACCAUGAAAAAAUAACAAAACAAAUAGAAUCGAACAGAUAGAACCUGCAAAUGAAACAAAGCAAAAGUAAUUUCUUGGGUUGCCAACAAUUGCCUAUCUGUUACACUGGUGUCCAGUUCCAUCGUUUUAUUUUAUUUUUUGUUUUUCUUAUUAUUAUCCGUUUUUGAUGGAAGAUACUUCCAAUCACGGUACGCUUUUGGUGUGAGGUAAAACUUCUCUGAUUGAUUUUUUUUAUUAUUAUUAUGAAAUGGCAAACAAAUUACAAGCAAAUCAAGCAAAACGAUGCACAACGAUGGGACGCAUACCUUUAUAACAGAAACCAGGUCUGGUAGGGUGAUUGGAACGCGUUUUGGACCGUACUUUCUGCUUCCAUUUCUGCAAUAAUCAAUCAACACUUUGGAUAAAGGAUAACAUUUCAACCUCUCCCUCCCACAAAUGUUUCACCACAAGCAAUUAGAGAGACAGUAUUGUGCUGAUAGUGACAAUAUAUUUAUAGUUUUUUUUUUUUUGUAGACAGUAAAUUAUAUUGGCAGCACGCCACGACAAACGUCGAAAGCACAGGCACGAACGGAAUUUGUGGUGAUAAAGCGAGAACAAAUAUGCUUAUUUUUUUCUGUAAAUAGAUCAUCUAUGAUUGUCUCGUUAAAACAAAAACAAAACAAAA